AUGGCCGCCAACGAAGCAACCGAUGUAGCCAUGCCGCUGCCCCAUGUCAACGGCGACAAGGACAAGACGGCCGCCGCGGCGGGGACCACGACGCCGACCAACAAUGACGAGGCCAAGGCGGGCACGAACGGUGCGGGCAAGCGGCGCCGGAACAAGGCAUCCUCGGCGAUCCGGCGGGCGGCCAAGCGCCGGCACAGCCUGAGCAAGGCGGCGCGCGACCCGCGCGACGAGCCCGAGAGCAGCACGAGCGCCAAGGCGUCGGUGCGGACGCCGAGCCCGACGAGUGGACGAGGCAAAGCGUCGCUGUCGCAGCCGCCGUCGCAGCCCCCGAGUGCGGCCGUGACCCGCUCGCCGAGCCCGUUCAUCGACUUUGACGGCCUCAGCCGGCCCAGCAAGGGCACGCGCGCGCGUCUCGAGGAGAACGACGAGGAGCGGGCGGUGCGGCUCGACAAGAUGCGCGGGGCGGUGCGCACGAUCCUGGAGUGCGUGGGCGAGGACCCGGAGCGGGCGGGGCUGCUGGGGACGCCGGACCGGUACGCCAAGGCGCUGCUGGACUUUACGCAGGGGUACCAGCAGAACGUGCGGGAGGUGGUGAACGGCGCCAUCUUCCACGAGGGCCACAACGAGAUGGUGAUUGUCAAGGACAUUGAGGUGUACAGCCUGUGCGAGCACCACAUGGUGCCCUUCACCGGCAAGAUGCACAUUGGCUACAUCCCCUUCCACUCCGUCAUUGGCAUCUCCAAGCUGCCGCGCAUUGCCGAAAUGUUCAGCCGCCGGCUGCAGAUCCAGGAGCGCCUGACCAAGGACGUGGCCAACGCCAUCAUGGAGAUUCUGCAGCCGCAGGGCGUCGCCGUCGUCAUGGAGUCGAGCCACCUGUGCAUGGUGAUGCGCGGCGUGCAAAAGACGAGCGCGACGACGAUUACAAGCUGCGUGCUGGGCUGCUUUGAGCGCAAGGAGAAGACGCGCAACGAGUUUUUGAGCCUGGUCGGCGUGAACCGCCAUUAG